AUUUUGUUGUCCUUUAAAUCAUUAAACAUAUUCGGCUAUCUGUGGCCUACAUUCAAGAAGAAACUUCUGCGGGAUCACAUCGUCGGAACAAUGUCGGAUAUGAGAAAAUCCACAUUACAAGGCUGUUCCGUUGCAAUACUCAUUGUUUUGCAUUUCGCUCUUGGAGAUGUGAGCUAUUCUUUUCCGGAGGAAAUUGAACGCGGAUCUUUGAUUGGAAAUAUUGCCAAAGAUUUGGGUCUUGACGCAAGCAAACUACCAUCUCGAAAGGCCCGAAUUGACACCGAUGAGAGCGACAAACUUUACUGUGACAUAAACCUCAGUAACGGGGAUUUGAUUGUUGCCGAAAGAAUCGACAGAGAGGCCCUUUGUGGCGACAAACCAUCGUGUGUUAUAAAACAAGAGCUCAUGCUCGAGAAUCCGUUGGAGUUACAUCGCAUCAGUCUACAUGUCCAGGAUAUCAAUGAUAACUCCCCACAAUUUAACGCGGAACUGAUCGAUAUAGAAAUUAGGGAAUCAGCUGUAAAAGGUGCUCGUUUCCCAAUAGAAGAAGCACAUGACGCAGAUAUAGGCAAGUAUUCAGUUCAGAGAUACAACCUACAAAGGAAUGAUAAUUUUGCUCUGGGCGUUGAAAGUAAUUCCGUGGAGCUUGUCCUCGAUAAAGAACUUGAUCGUGAAAAAUUACAGGAUAUUAAUUUAAUUCUAACAGCUCUGGAUGGUGGUUCUCCCCAGAGGUCAGGUACUGUACUCAUUCAUGUCACUGUACUGGAUGCUAAUGAUAACAUCCCAGUGUUUAGCGAGGCCAUUUAUAAAGCCAGUCUACCUGAAAACUCUCCUUUAGAUACUGUCGUGGUUACUGUGAGUGCUACUGAUGCAGACGAGGGAGUGAAUGGGGCCGUUACAUAUGAUUUUGGACACAUUUCAGAGGAUGUAAAGACAACAUUUAUCAUUGAUCACAAAACAGGUGAUAUAAAAUUAAUUGACGCUGUUGAUUUUGAAACAGCAUCAUCAUUUGAACUGCGUGUCAAAGCCAAGGAUGGUCUCGGGUUAACCUCAUAUGCUAAAGUGAAUAUAGAGAUAACUGAUGUUAAUGACAAUCCUCCAGUGAUCAAUCUGAAAUCUCUGACCAUUCCCAUACCAGAGAACGUGUCACCUGAUACAGAGGUGGGCAUCAUUAGCGUGCAGGAUAGAGACUCUGGAAAAAAUCGACAGGUCCGCUGCUCUAUUCAGCAAAACGUCCCCUUUAAUUUGGUUCCAUCCAUUAAAAACUAUUAUUCUCUUGUGACCACGGACCGACUAGACCGCGAAUUAGUGUCUGAUUACAACGUUUCAAUUACUGCUACAGACGAGGGCUCUCCUCCUCUGUCCUCUUCUAAAACUUUUCAGUUAUCUGUAGCUGACGUCAACGACAACUCACCUGUGUUUGAGGAACAGUCCUACAGCGCCUAUGUGACUGAAAAUAACAAACCCGGCUCCACUUUAUGUUCUCUUACUGCUCGAGACCCAGACUGGAGACAAAACGGCACUGUGAUUUAUUCUCUUUUACCUGGUGAGGUGAACGGGGCCCCGGUGUCCUCCUAUCUGUCAGUUAACGGAGACACUGGGGUGAUCCAUGCUGUGAAGUCGUUUGAUUAUGAACAGUUCAGAAGCUUUAAAGUCCACGUAAUGGCCAGAGACAACGGUUCUCCUCCGCUCAGCAGCAACGUGACCGUCAGUGUCUUCAUAACGGAUGUGAAUGACAACUCUCCUCAGAUACUGUACCCCGCCCCGGAGGGCAGCUCGUUCAUGACCGAGCUGGUGCCCAAAGCUGCACACGGAGGCUCUCUUGUGUCCAAGGUGAUAGCUGUGGACGCGGACUCCGGCCAGAACGCCUGGCUGUCCUAUCAUAUAGUCAAAUCCACUGAUCCGGGACUUUUCACUAUUGGUGUCCACAGCGGAGAGAUCAGGACACAGCGGGACAUUUCUGAAUCUGACAGCAUGAAACAAAACCUCAUUGUGGCAGUGAAAGAUAACGGGCAGCCCUCUCUCUCUGCCACCUGUUCCAUGUAUUUACUUAUUUCUGACAACUUGGCUGAAGUGCCAGAGCUUAAGGAUAUGUCUUAUGAUGAAAGCAAUUCCAAAGUGACCUCUUAUCUUAUCAUCGCACUGGUUUCUGUUUCCACCAUUUUCCUGACCUUCAUUAUUAUCAUCUUGGGUUUGAAGUUUUGUCGCAGGAGGAAGCCCAGACUGUUGUUUGACGGAGCAGUCACCAUCCCCAGCGCAUAUCUCCCUCCCAAUUACGCAGAGGUUGACGGCACAGGAACUUUACGUAGCACUUACAAUUAUGACACUUACUUGACAACGGGCUCUAGAACCAGUGACUUUAAGUUCUUGACAUCCUACAAUGACAACACGCUGCCUGUUGACCAGACGCUGAGAAAAAGUCCAGCAGACUUUGUUGAUGCAUUUGAAGACUCUGAGGGAUCAUCCCAGGUAGGGUUGUAG